AUGAGUAUAUGUGGAGAAAGUAUUCAUUGUUUAGUCAACGUUCAAGGAGUGAAAUUGUUCGCUCUUUUUCCAGUAAUUCUCAUGGUUUUUCUUUUAUUUUUUUUCUUUUUUUUUCUUUUUUAUCAUCGAUUUUUUUUUUUUUCCCUCUACACAAUCAAAACCACACCACUCCUUGUUUUUAACACUACAACACAAAUGAAUUUCCCACCUCCAGUCGAUCAACCGUCGUUAUUUUCUGAUCAACAGGUUCCUAUGAGAGAUGAGCAGACAUUGGCUGCUGAACUUGAAAAGACCAAGAUUGAAAAUUUCCCGUAUCACAACCCGUUCGAUGUGAAUUCAUAUCCGAUUACUAAUCCGCCGUUAUUUGACUCAACGAUGAUGGUUCCUUAUACUACGGCCGAUGGGGUUCCAAGAAGAAGAAGAAUUUCCAUUUCAAAUGGUCAGAUUGGCCAGAUUAUUAACCACGAGGCUUUUUUCGAAGAUGAGAAAAAUGCGGAGUUUUCCGUGGAGUUGGACAGUAGACCGCAGAGUUCGUUUGAUGAUGCUAUACAAUCACUGUUUAGUCCAACACAACCAGCAGGACAAAUGCUGCAGCAAGCGCAGUUGCCAACUAUGACUCCACUGGAUCCACUAGCACAACAACAAUCUGUCGCUCCAGCGGCACCACCACCACCAACUCAACAGCAACAACAACAACAACAAUCAACAGUUGCUGGUGUACCACCGCCAAACCAUCAACUACUAUAUAACAACGAAGUUAUCUACAACCCUAACGAUGGUCCUAUUCCAGGAACUGCUGCUUGGAAGAGAGAAAGGUUGCUAGAGAGAAACAGGAUUGCUGCUUCCAAAUGUAGACAAAGGAAAAAGCAGGCCCAGCUCCAGUUGCAAGAUAGCAUGGUUAAGAUGGAACAGGAACUACAACAAAAGGAUGCUAAAAUCAAGCAAUUGGAAUCUACUAUUGAAUUAUACAAGGUGACUAUAAGACGAAGUAUCAAGGAAGGUAAUUUGGAAAAGCUAGAAGAUUUAGUUUGGUAA